GCCCCUUCCUGCCUCCCUGGCCCAGGGACUUUCAGGAACAGGACCCUUUAAUGAGCAUCCACCUGGGGCCAGGCAGGUGCUGCUUGGUGUGUGGCCUUGGAAGGCAGGGGGCUAGAGAUAAGAAACAAAAGAUGCAAACCCAGCCCUGGGGCUGCACGUGCGGCCUCCUGCUGCUGUUGCUGCUGCCACCCCUGGGGGCUGGCCCUGCCCUGGGCAGGGGCCUUUCCAAACCUCUUGAGGACUCAGAACCACACCUCAUCCCAGAAGCUCACCCCAAGGGCCCUGUGGGCACAAAGUCCCAGGCCCUUGACAUCUUCUCGGAGAACCCCAGAGAGGAGCACUCCUGGAACUCCGGUGUCCCCCAGACUCCUGCCAAAGAGGCGCCUGGGAGGCGUGCAGAUGCUCCCCUUGGCCCAGCCCUGCGUGGGCCCAAAGCAGCCCAUGGGGAUGAAAGAGAAGGACUCCUAGUCACUGGUGACCUCCAGACAGCUCGAGGGCCAAGGUCCCAGGGUUGGACAGGGCCUCCAGACCCCCAAGAGCCUCUGGAGCAAGAAGCACUGGUCCCCCAUCCAAUGGGGCCUCCCCAUUUGACUUACAUUCCCACAACUCCUAGACUUCAGCUUGGGGUAGCCACAGUUCUACCCUCCCCAGGGGAGCCUGGAGGCCAGGCAGGGCAGCAACCACCUAGAGAUGAGGGUCUGACGGCUGAGGCCAAGGUCAGGAUUCCUGAGACCCCUCACUCAGACCACCAGAGCCCUCCCUACAUUCCUGGGCCCCACUGGGGCACUGUUGUAAGGCCAAUCCUGACAGAAAAGGGUGGGGAUAAGGAGGACUUCCAGGAGGCAGCUAGAGGCCCCCUCUUCACCCAGCAGGAUCCAGCAGCCCCUGAUGUUGGCUUAGUGUUCCCAGUUGAGGUGGCAUCCUCUCAAGAUCCUGGGGCCCAGCCAGACCUGGCAUUGGCCAGAAGCCUUCCUCCUGCUGAGGAGCUGCCAGUCGAGUCCCCUAAGAAGGCUGGAGCUGGGAACAACCAGGAAGUCAGCUCCUCAGCACCCCCGCCCAAGCAGGCUGACCUCCCUGAUGCUAAGGGUUCACCAGGACCUCAGCCCUCAGGUCCCCCAACCUCAGAGGCUCCUGAUGGACAGCCCAAGCCAGAGAUAGCAGCAAUGAAUGAAGCAGACCCCAUCUCCCCGCAGCGGGUGAGAGGGGCAGUGGAGACCCCAGGCACCCCCAAGUCCCUCAUCCCUGGCCCCUUGGACCCUGGCCCAGCUACAAAUCGAACAGAGAGCCCUGUGGGAGCCCUGCAGCCAGAUGAAGCUGAGGAGUGGCCAGGGCGCCCCCAAAGCCAUCCCCCAGCACCCCCAGUCCAGGCCCCUUCGACAUCCCGCCGGGGCCUCAUUCGGGUCACCACGCAGCGAGCCCUGGCCCAGCCGCCCCCUCCAGAGCCCUCAGCCAGCUCCAUGGCAUCAGUCCCAGCCUCCAGCCCCCCAGCCAACGUCACCGCACCCCCCCUGCGCUGGGGGCCUCUGCGGCGGGUGCUGAGCUUUUCCUGGGAGCUGCACGUCUACGGGGUGGGGGCGCUUUUCCUGCUGCCAGCGUCAUUGGCAUUGGCCACGCUGGCAGCCGCCCCAGCAGGGCCCCGGCUGGCACUGGUGGCAGCAGUGCUGGUGCUCGUGGCGUCGGGUCUACGAUCAGCCUACAUGCUCACCGACCCAUACGGGUCACAGGCGCGGCUGGGUGUGCGCGCUGGCCUAGUGCUUUACAACCUGCCCUUCCCCCUGCUGCUCACGGCGCUGGCGGCGCUGACCCUGCUCGGCCUGGGUGCUGGGCUGCCACCGCCUCUGCAGAAUCCGCUCCUUUUAGGAGCGUUGGCGUCGGCGCAUGGCGUGGGGCUGCUCACAGCCGACCUUCUGUUAGCGAGGCCUGCGCUCAACCUUCUGACGCAGGGCUUAUCGUGCGCCUGGGGCGCGGCCGUGGCUCUGGGAACGCUCUGUCUGUGCCGGCGCUGCCUGCUGGAUGGGCCACGGGGCUGGAACGCCAGCCCGGGACCGCGACUGCUGGCCGUGGCGGGUGCGCUGGGGCUGCUGGCCAGCGGCUUGCAGCUGGCGGCCGCGCUAUGGCUGUACCCGGGCCCAGGCCGGGUGGGCCGCUUCUCGUGGGCCUGGUGGGGCGUCCACUUCUGGCUGCGCCUGCUGGAGCUGACGUGGGCGCUGACCCUGGCGCUGGCCGCUGUGGCCGCCGCGCGGCCCAGGCCGCCCACGGAGCACGCUUGCUGGGCUAAGCUGCUGCGCCUGGCGUGCCCUGCACCGUUGGGCAAGAGUGAGGUGCCCGAGCGACCCAAUAACUGCUACGCGGGACCCAGUGGUGUCGGUGCAGGCAGCUUGGCCAUCAGCAAGAGCCUCAUCCGAAACCCAGCGGAGGGUGGACUCCCUGCCACGUCCAAUUCUGGCGCCUGGGGCUCUGCUGCAUCACUGGGCCGCUGUCCCCAGGGUGGCCCGGGACUGUCCCGCAGUAGCAUGGGGCCGGCGCCAUCGCUGAGCGAGCUGGACCUCCGGCCACCAUCGCCUAUCAACCUGAGCCGCAGCAUCGACGCCGCGCUCUUUCGAGAGCACUUGGUGCGAGACAGCGUAUUCCGGCGCUGCGGCCUGCGCGGCCUGCUCUCUCCGCCGCCUGGGGGCGCUCUGCGGCCGCGCCGGGGCAGCCAUCCGGACGCCGAGCUCGAGGGCGCGGGUUCAUCGCUCCUCCGCGGCCGCUCCCGGUCGCUUAGCGACGUGCGCCUGCGCGGGCCGGUCCCCCAGCACGUUGUGGACGAGGCCGACACUACAGCGGCGGCGGCGGCCGCUUCGGGUAGCUCCCUGGAUAGCUUCUCCCGGGGUUCGCUCAAGAUCAGCUGGAACCCAUGGCGCCACGGGCUGUCGUCAGUGGACAGCCUGCCACUAGACGAGCUGCCCAGCACGGUGCACCUACUGCCUGCCCCGUCCUCUGCCCCUGUCCCAGCCCCCGCUCGGCCCGGGGAGCCCCAGGCAGAGGCCCAGCCCUACUGCAAGCCCGGGGACUCCCGCAGCGCCUCCAGUGAUACCAUCGAGCUCUGAGUGGUGCGGGGACCCUGUCCUGGAUGACAGCACGGCUCAGCCGCUCAGACACUUCAGCGUUUGAAAAACUGACAUUCCCGGGACUUCACUGGACUGCAGCUCCUGGGAACAGCCAGGAGUGAGCCCAUCCCACCCGUUUUUGUUUUUUGUAACAUAUCUCUUAUUUUUUUCAGCGGGUAUUUUGCACAAAGGCUGCGACUUGCACGGAAUACAGGGUGGAUGUGCACUGACUUGGGUAUGGGAGAUGGGGACCAGGUGCCCCACUCACCCCAUCCAGAUUCCCCAACGUGGAGAGAUGAGGCUUGCUUGUCCAGACUCUGCUCUUUGUGCCAAAGAAAUAAACCCUUAGGACUUGGCUCGUGCCUGCCUCUAGCCACACCAAGAUCCUGCACUCUCCAGCAGAGGAGGUGUAGUACUUGCCCUAACACCAAUAACUCCAAGUCCUGUGUAUGUCAGGGAGGGAACGACUUCCAGAGGAAAGGACACUGGACCCCCGGAGGCUUAGUAAUAACCAGACCAACAUUAUCGAACAUCUACCUUCUGUUGUACACUGGCUACAGCUCUUUACAUUCGUAAUCUCAUUCGAUUCUCAUAUUAAGCCUCGAUGGAAAGCAUUAUCAUGCCCAUUUUACAGAUGAGAAGAGUGGCGUUCAGAGGUGAAAGUCAUUUGUCCAGGAUCCUUCAGCAAGUGGCAAAGCUGCUACUGAAUCCAGAAAGUUCAGUUCCUAAGCCUGUUCCUCCAUCCCCCUUCACACACUGCUUCAAGGUCAAGCCUCUCCGUGAUCAUCCCUUUACUCCUCCAUCAGACCAAAACCAAACCAAACCCAGUGCCAUCAAGUUGAUGCCGACUCCAUCAGGGUAGCCCUCAAUUUCCUGGAGUUUUAGAAAACUAACUUCCCCACAGCUCCCGGGCGAGGGGUGAAAUGGGAGUUUCUCAGUAGUUUAGGCCAACGUACUUGUGUGUGUAUGUAGGGGUGAGGGGGUAGGUGGUUAACACUGGGUUGCUCUGUGUGUGUGUGUGUGUGUGGUGUGUGUGUGUGUGUGUGUGGUGUGUGUGUGUAGGGGUGAGGGGGCAGGUAGUAAGACUGCAGUUCUGUGUGUGUGUGGAGGGGUGAGGGGGGAGGGAGCAGGUAGUAAGACAGAUUCUGUGUGUGUGGAGGGGUGAGGG